GGCAUGUCCCGGGAAUGGCGGUCGUAUAGGCCAUUUUAUGUAUUUUCAAUUGGAAUAACCGCAUUCGCUGUCGCUGUUGCAUAAGCAUAACCCAGCCGCGGUUUUCGAAUUGAGGUAGGUAGGUCUCAAGUUUGGGGAUGGCAUAAUUUCGGGCACGCUUCAGUCGAAGGGUGCCAUUCGAGUGAGAUUGACCUACCCUGGAUCGUGGAUCGUUAGAUGACUACGAGAUUCAAGAAGAUGCGACGCGGACACGAACGGAUGAAGAUAUGCUUCUGCACGGAUUUGGACAAGUCGGUGCUGAUCAGCAACUUUGAGAAACGAGGAUGGGUUCAGGUGUCCGCCGAUGACGAUUGGAACUUUUACUGGGCUGGAACGGGGACGUGUCGGAAUAUUUUCAGCGUCGACAGCGGCUAUCGGAUGCAUGAUAACCAGUUGAUUAACCAUUUCCCGAAUCACUACGAGCUAUCGCGGAAGGAUUUGCUGGUAAAGAAUAUCAAGCGCUACAGGAAGGACCUGGAACGGGAUGGAAAUCCACUGGCGGAGAAGACGGAAGUGAACAUUCCCGGAGGUUCGAAGUACUUGUACUUGGAUUUCAUUCCGGUGACGUUUGUGUUGCCUGCCGAUUACAAUAUGUUUGUCGAGGAGUACCGUAAGAAUCCCCAGAGUACGUGGAUUAUGAAGCCAUGCGGGAAGUCACAAGGGGCUGGCAUAUUUUUGAUCAAUAAAUUAAGCAAAUUGAAACGGUGGUCGAGAGAGGCGAAGACGUCAUUUCAUCCGCAAAUCGGGAAGGAGAGCUACGUCAUUUCAAGGUACAUCGAGAACCCUCUGCUCAUAGGCGGCAAAAAGUUUGACCUCCGCCUCUACGUUCUAGUAACAUCGUUCCGACCACUCAAAGCAUACAUGUUCCGGUUGGGAUUCUGCCGAUUCUGUACGGUCAAAUACGACACCAGCGUCACAGAGCUGGAUAAUAUGUAUGUUCACCUGACCAACGUCAGUGUUCAGAAACAUGGCGGUGAAUACAACAACCACCACGGUGGAAAGUGGAGCGUUCAGAACCUACGUCUUUUUCUGGAAGGCACUCGUGGCAAGGAGGUCACCGACAAACUAUUCGGCUCCAUUACCUGGUUGAUCGUACACUCGCUCAAAGCCGUUUCCAGUGUGAUGGCAAGCGAUCGGCAUUGCUUCGAGUGCUAUGGCUACGACAUCAUCAUCGACAACACACUGAAACCUUGGUUGGUUGAGGUCAACGCAUCUCCGUCGCUCACAUCUACGACCGCCAACGAUCGGAUACUGAAGUACAAACUGAUCGACAAUAUUUUGAACAUCGUUCUGCCACCGGAUGGAAUCCCAGAUGUCCGAUGGAACAAAAUCCCCAGCCCGGACAUGCUCGGCAACUUUGAUCUGCUGAUCGACGAGGAAAUCGCUGCCCAGGACGAUGGUGUCCCCAGCAGCAACGGCAAAAGUAGAUCCAACAACAACCGGUGGAAAUGAGAGUAAAUUUAAACGUGCGUACAA